UGUGGGAGGAGGGAACAUGGCGCUGGGUACCAGGGCAUCGCGGUGGCUGCUGCACCUGCCGGCCGGGAGUUGCCGCCUCCUGGUGCUGCUGUUGCUCUGCGUGCAGCUCGGGGGCGGACAGAAGAAGAAGGAGAAUCUGUUAGCGGAAAAGGUGGAACAGCUUAUGGAGUGGAGCUCAAGGCGCUCAGUCAUCCGCAUGAAUGGAGACAAAUUCAGAAGAUUUGUGAAGGCCCCACCUCGUAACUACUCUGUGAUUGUAAUGUUCACAGCUCUCCAGCCACAGAGACAAUGUUCUGUUUGCAGGCAAGCUAAUGAAGAAUAUCAAGUGCUGGCCAACUCAUGGCGCUACUCAUCUGCUUUUUCUAAUAAAUUAUUCUUCACUAUAGUGGAUUAUGAUGAAGGGGCAGAUGUUUUUCAACAGCUCAAUAUGAACUCUGCUCCGACAUUCAUGCAUUUUCCUCCGAAAGGUAAACCCAAGAGAGCUGACACCUUCGACCUGCAGAGAAUAGGAUUUGCAGCAGAGCAGCUAGCUAAAUGGAUAGCUGACAGAACGGAUGUUCAUAUUAGGGUAUUCAGGCCUCCAAACUAUUCUGGCACUAUUGCACUGGCUCUUUUAGUGUCACUUGUUGGUGGCUUGCUGUACUUGCGAAGAAAUAACUUGGAGUUCAUCUACAACAAGACUGGCUGGGCAAUGGCAGCUCUGUGUGUUGUGUUUGCUAUGACUUCUGGUCAAAUGUGGAAUCAUAUCCGGGGACCUCCAUAUGCUCAUAAGAAUCCUCAGAAUGGACAAGUGAGUUACAUACAUGGGAGCAGUCAGGCUCAAUUUGUUGCAGAAUCCCAUAUUAUACUACUACUGAGUAUCCUUCAGAAACCGAUGGGUAGAACAAGGCAUGCUAAAUCAGAGUAUGCUAUUAUAUGAAAUUGCUCUGACAGUGAAUAUAAUUGAAGCUUUGAACAGUGGUGAUAAAUGGCCCACUACAGUUCCCAUUAAUGUCAAGAGGAAGACUCUGAGUAACUUGAGUGGGAGUUAGAUGAAGACCUGCAUGAACAUUUCUGUAAAGAUAAACUUGUGAUUUCUCUAAACCCUUUUUCUGAUAAUAAGUUAUGCUCACUCAAUGAAAACUGUAACACGUGACUAAUCACAGUUACCUUUCUCACGUGGGUGGGACGGGGAGGUGGAAGAGAAACAAAUUCCCCAGACUGUGGAGCAGCAGCCAAAACCUUAGGGUUUGGUAAUCACUUUGCUCCCUCCCAAAUUUGGAGGAUUUAGUAAGUGGAUCCACACUGAUGACCCUGUCCUACAGGUUCCAAAGCCCUCUUCAUGUUUGGGAAGAUGGGCCCAGUGGUGCAGGGACAAUUUUUAUAGCGCUGAAAGUGGAAACCAUGUCUUUGGGUUGUUGUUACUACCUCAUACCAGAGGCUACGGCAGCACUGCCAGCACCCCUAGUUCCAGCAUCUAUGGGUGAGCCCCCACAAGCAUACUUCACCCCCUACAUAGUGAUCCACUGUCUGGGCUCCCCACUCCAUGCAGUGAAACCAUAUCAAUUUUUCUGUCUGUUGGGUCUUAGGUGUCCCAUAGAUGGGAAGGGGAAGAUUUAGCCCCCAAGUCCUGAUCUUAGGCACACUGAAGUCAAUGGGAGACUUUCAAUUAACUCAUUGGUCUUUGCAUCAGGCCCUAAAUGCAUCAGAUAACUAUGCAUCAAGGUGAGAAUAUAUCCUUUUGA